AUGAAAAAUAAAAGUUUUAUAAAUAACGACCGUGAAUUUUUGCCUAAAGAAAUAGGUGUAACCUCUCUAAUUAACGGUGAUACUGCACAUUGGAUUUUGACUCCUGAAUUUUUGUUUAACCUGCUAUCCGAAGAAAGACAACUCGAAAACAACGCCUUAACCCGAAAACAUGGUCUUGAAUGGUACGAUGGGGAAUCAAUGAUAAAAUACGUGCAUACACAGUUACGCUAUUUUUGUCAAAAUUCUAUGAAAAUUUAUACAAGAGGGAGGGCACAAAAAUCAUACUUAGAAUCUCUACUCUGCAGACCAGUUAUAAAUUAA